GAUUUUGAACGACCCUGUCUUUUUGACUGAAGUCAUUUUCUAUUUUUAAGUAUGACAGGAUUUUUCAAAAAUAUAUUUGGUUUUAAAGUGUGGCUGAUAUUGUGAAUACUUCCAGUCAAAUCUUGUCAUUUAUGCCUAGCAAGUCUUUGCCGAAACGAGUAGAUAAUGGGUUUCAAAUCAUGGGGUCUCCUAUUAGCGGUACCAAUGAUGAUUCUCAGUGCAACUGCCAUUUAUUACCUAUACAAGCAGGAUGAAAACGAAUAUGAUGAAUAUGUGAGAACAACCCGUUGCACAACUCGUGAGGUGAAAAUUCCAAAAGACACAAUUGGUGUAGUGAUUGGCCGAGCUGGCUCAAACAUAAAGGAGAUAGAGUCCAAGUCCAACACCAGGAUCAGAUUCAAUGAUGACGUUGCCGAUGACGAAUUUCGUACGUGCGUAAUUAGAGGAAGCAAAGAGUCGGUUAUAUUGGCCGAGUUACUCAUUCACGACUUUAUCACGAGUCAACCACUCAUCGAAACUUACGAGAUGUGGGUCCCAAAAAAUGCUAUGGGUAGAAUUAUAGGGAGAGGCGGCGAAAAUAUCAAAGCUAUUACCAGAGAUUCGUGUUGCAAAGUUUCAGCUGACAGUAAUCGAGCUCCAGGCACAGAAGAAAACAGAAUUAUUCUGAAAGGAACAGCGGAACAAAUAGCUGUGGCAAAAUCUUUGAUUGAGGAAAAAGUUGAAGAAGAAAUUGAAAUGAGAAAGACAUUUGAUGAACGAUCAUCCAAUCGUUAUCCUCGGAAUAAACCUGCCAAAGCUAUUUCAAAUAUUCCUGCAAAUGAUGACAUGGCUGGAGCAGCAGAGAAACAUUCAACAGAGAAGCUUGUAUCCGUGGUCAGUGAUGGUUCCAUGCAAAUAUUUGUUUCUGCAGUUGCCAGUCCAAAGAAAUUCUGGGUUCAGGUUCUGUCGCCAAAAUCUGUGAAACUGGAUCAUCUAGUCGACCAAAUGACUGAUUAUUACAAUACACCAGAGAACAAAGAGCUUCAUACAAUUAAGCAGUUGGAGGUGGGGCAAAUAGUGGCGGCGCCGUUUGCGUUCGACGAGCGGUGGUACCGCGCCGAGGUGUGUGGCGUGAAGCAGGACGACUACGAGCCGAGUGCUAGCAAGGUGUCGCUCUACUAUGUCGACUAUGGCGAUGAGGGUGAGCAGCCUGCCGCCAACCUCUACCAACUGCGCACUGAUUUCCUCACCCUCCACUUCCAGGCGAUCGAGUGCUCUCUGGCCAGAGUCAAGCCCAGAGAAGGUGGUGAGUGGUCGAGGGAAGCGACCGACCUGUUUGAAGAGCUGUGCCAUGUGGCUCUGUGGCGACCUCUAACGGCGCGCGUCGUCAGCUACGACAAAGCGGACAAGAGGCGGGGUGACAGAGAGGGCAGUCCUGUGCCCGCCGUCGACUUGUACGACCCUGAAGCGGUACCUACCUCACUCAUUUAUAAUAGUGUGAGGUCGGGUGAUCGCGGUGGCCAACUCACUGGUCCACCCUCUGCCAAUCCACCGCCUAGGGAAAUUAUUAUCCAACCACCCCCGUACAUUUCUUCCGAAAUGGGACGGGCAGCCAUCCAGUUGCAGCCACAUAUUCUGCCUCAAAUCAAGAGGCACGUCUUCGAGCAGCUCGUGAAGCUCAUUCAUAAGAAAGUUAUGGAAAAUUUCUGA